AUCCACAUCGCAUAUUGCGGCGGCUAUAAAACUGCAAUCGUAGUACUCUCUGGCAUAGUCUACUUUGAUAGCUCUACCCAAACAUUUCAACAUGUUCAAACUGUCUGCUGCCCUUUUCGUGCUCUGCGCCGUGCUCGCCUGCAGCCUGGCUGAGGCGAAGCCUGCGGUGCUUGUGGAUGCGGCUCCUGCUGUUGUCACCGCCACCAGCUCGCAGUAUGUGGCACGCAAUUUCAAUGGCAUCGCUGCCGCGCCCAUUGUUGCCGCCGCCGCCGCCUACACCGCCCCGAUUGCGGCUGCUCCCGUUUCCAGCGCCGCCUAUACCGCGCCCCUUGCUUACCCCUACAGCUAUCCCUACACCGCUGCCUACACCACAUACCUGUAAAUGAUGCAUUCACCGUGUUGACUCACCUUUUUUUUGGAAUAAAAAAACAAUUGCUAAACGGAA